AUGUCGCAGUUUGAGCAGCAGCAGAUCCCUGCGGCUGGGCAGCAUUACAGCGCCCAGAACCGUGUGCCUAAUGUUCGCCAGUUCAUGGACCAGUUGGAUCAGAACAAGAAGGCCCGUGAUGCUGAGAUUGACGAGCAACUGAAGCAGAACAAGAUCCACGGAGAGACAAAGGAUCACAAAAAUGAUAGAGCUGAAGCUAUUCGGAAACAAAAGGAUAUCCGCACCGUGCGAGAUCCUGUGACAGGAAAGGAUGUUGGCAUUCGAGAUGCCGACAUUGAUUACAAGGAAGCUGUUGAGAACCCCCAGCUAUCAAUUCCCAACGAGAACUUAGGAAAGCCUGCCACCAUCGCAACCUCGUCGAAACAGUCUGGUGAAGAGUACCGUUACGCCCAAGAUGUCACAGCACCUCCUGACCCCGUCCAAGAGGGUGCAACAUCAGAUGUCCCCAUUCGAAGUGAGAAGACAUCCGUGGUGUUCUACAAGACCCCUUCAGUCAGCUACGAACCAAUGUUCGAGAUUCUCGAGCAACGCAGCAACGUUUUGUGUAUCGGCAUCUUCGCCGCCAUCGUCUUUAUUGGAAAGAUGUUCGGCGGUCGCCUUCUUGGUCUUAUUCCCCUGGGUUUCUGCGUAGCUUCUGGUGUUUUCCUCUGGACAAAAGACCUGAUCCGUCAAGGCAGAGAUCUCGAAUGGUCAAGCGAGCAAGAGCGUGGCGAGACUGCCACCGCAAACCUGAUCCCUGAGUCCGUUGAAUGGAUGAACACCAUGCUCGGAAUCAUGUGGGGACUGAUCAACCCUGAGAUGUUCGCUGGCGUUGCUGAUACUCUCGAAGAUGUUAUGGCGGCCUCGGUUCCUGGUGUCAUUGAGAACGUUCGCGUCGCAGAUAUCUCCCAGGGUAACAACCCCAUUCGCAUCCUCAACAUGCGCGCUCUUCCCGACUCUCACGUCCAAGACAUCAAGGACGAGCAGCACCGACAGAACGAGAAGACUACUGACCCUGAAGAGCUCGCGGCCAAUGAGCAAGCUGGCUCGUUCUACAAUCUCGAGGUUGCGAUCGCCUAUCAUGCGAAGCCAUCUGGAGCGGAUAUCGCAUCCAAAGCGCGCAACAUGGGUAUGCAGCUUGUUUUCUACCUGGGUAUCAAGGGUCUCUUCGGUGUUCCUUUGCCCAUCUGGGUCGAACUUCAAGGCCUCGUUGCGACCGCUCGAAUUCGACUCCAAUUGACCCCUGACCCUCCUUUUCUCAAGACUCUCACUUUCACGCUUAUGGGUAUCCCUAAGGUUCAGGCUGGUUGUACACCAAUGAUCGAGAAGGGCGUCAACAUUCUCAAUCUUCCCCUCAUCUCCAACUUUGUCAACUGGGCCAUUGGCGCUGCCGCGUCGAUGUACGUGGCUCCCAAGAGUCUGUCUCUUGAUCUUAGCAAGAUGCUCCAGGGUGACGACAUCAAGAAGGAGACAUUGGCUCUCGGUGUUAUGUUUGUUCGAAUCCACAAGGCUACCGGCCUCAGCAAGCAAGAUCAGCGUGGAAGCAAGGGCGGUGGUUCCGAUCCUUACAUCACCAUCAGCUGGAGCAAGUUCUCCAAGCCACAAUUCUGUACCCGUGUUAUCCAGGACGAUCUCAACCCCGUUUUUGAGGAGAGCGCCGGCCUUUUGGUUACUGCUGAUCUUCUCAAGGCUGACGAGCAGCUUUCGGUUGAGCUUUGGGACAGUGAUCGAUCUUCUGCUGAUGAUGUCGUUGGAAAGGUCGAGCUCAGCAUUCAGAAACUUAUCCAGCACCCCGGCAAGAUGUUUCCCCAGGUUUCUAAGCUUCGAGGAGUCAAGGCAGACAGCGAAAUGCCCGGAGAGCUCCACUGGGAAGUCGGCUUCUUUGGCAAGACACAAUUCCGAAAGGCCCUCCGAACCGAUGGUCGGGACCUCAAUCUCCCCAAGGCGCUCGCGGACAAGCCUGAGCUUCAAGAGAACAAGGGCGCGAUCGACACCAAGGAGGAAGAUGCCGUCAUUCACACUCCUCCCGAUCCAUUGUGGCCUUCUGGUAUCCUCAGCAUCGUCGUUCACCAGAUUGUUGGACUGGAAUUGGAAAAUAUCAAGGGUUCCAAUGGAAAGCGAAAGGGUAGAGAGUAUGAGCCAGCUCGUCCUGAAGCCGGUGAAGUCAAGGAAGAACAGGCCAAGUCUCUGCCCAGCUCUUACUGCACCAUCCUUCUCAACGACGAUCUCGUUUACAAGACCCGAACAAAGGUUGUUUCCUCUCAACCUAUCUUCAACGCUGGAACCGAAAAGUUUAUUCGUGAUUGGCGCUCUGCUAUCGUUACAGUUGCAGUCCGUGACUCCCGCAACCGCCAACAUGACCCUCUCAUUGGUGUUGUCCCUCUCAAGGUCACUGAUAUCCUUCAAACCAGCAGCGAGUCUACCAGAUGGUACCCUCUCGACGGAGGCAUCGGAUUUGGCCGCAUUCGUAUCUCUUUGUUGUUCCGUUCCGUUGAGCUUCGGCUUCCUCCUCCUCAGUUGGGUUGGGAUAUCGGUACCUUCGAGUUCGUGUCUGACUCCAUCACCACCACUGGCUAUGCUCCUUCAAACCACGCCAAGAUUCGCUUCCGUACUGGAGGCUCGUCUACCAGCGUUGGCAAGAGCUCAUCCACUCGUGAGGCCGAUGGCAUGUCAUUCAACAUCAGUGGUGCCGACGGAAACCAACGUGUUCGCCUGCCAGUUCGACACCGCUACAGUUCACCCAUCUUCAUGGAAUUCUACCCGAGUGGAAAGCGAAACCCCGAUGCCUAUGCCGUUCUCUGGCUCCUGGAGCUUGUUGAUGGUGAAGAGACUGACUUUGACAUCCCUGUUUGGAAGUGCAACCACAGCGUACGACUUUCUCAGAACUACAUUACUGAAGCAAAUUACAAGUCUGUUCCCGAUAUCGAGAUGGAGCAGAUUGGUCGAGUUCGAUUCCGAGCCCGAUUUUCUGCUGGAACGGAUUCCGAUCACAUCAAGUUUGCCAGCACAAACGACGACCGUGAGACAAUCGAGGCUUGGGAAGCAUGCUACGCAGAGGGUGUGCGUCAGCAGGAUGUUGAGACUGAGGUUCCUCCUGUGAUUCAGAAACUCCACGAAGAGUCUCUGACCCAUGGCCGUGACGUUCUCGCCCAAGCCGACGAGAAGCAGAAGCAGAAGUGGCUUGCCAAGGAUGGCACCGAUUGGAGCGGUGCCUUUGGUGAAGAUCCCUCUGUGUUGAUGCGCAAGAAGACCAACAGCGAGUCUAGCGAGGAAUACGACGACUUUGAUGAGGAUGACUCCGAUCCUGAUCUUGGUAUUCAAGAUGCCGACACUGAGCCUACAGACCCGUCUGAGAACGGGCGCCCUUCCGUUGAUACAACAGGCACCAAUGCGACGAGCGCUACGAACAGUUCCCAGGCCAGCUCCAGUAGCAAGAACCCCAUCAAGAAGAUCAAGUCAUACCGCUCCGAUAGUCGCGAUAUGCAUCGCAAACAUCGAGGACUUAUGCAAUGGCGACCCAUGCGCAACGUGCAGUUUGCCAAGGACGAAGCCAAGUUUGCAGUUCGAAAGGUGGCUAAGCUUGGAGCCCUGGAUGGCCGAAAGCCUGAUGUCGAGACCGAGGUUUAA